UGAUUGGGCAGAGGCACCAUGGGCGGAGCGCGUGUGCGGGCCCGGGAGCGGCGGCAGCGGCCGGAGCCCGGUGAGGCGGCGGCGGAGCUCGGAGGCGGCCCCAGCGCAGGAUUUUUCAUUCCCAAGGAGUGUCCAUAUGGAGGAGGAGGAAAAGCCCCAGAGAUCCCGCCCAAGGAGGGGCUGCAAACCCAGCGCAGGGAUCUGCGAGGAGGAAAGACCCCCCCUGUGCCAGGAGGGCGGCCGGAGAUGCAGGCGGAGCUCAGAGCUGGGGGAGAAGCCCCACAAGUGCCUGCAAUGUGGGAAGGGUUUCAGCUGGAGCUCUGAACUGAUCCGGCACCAGGUGAUCCACAGUGGGGAACGGUCCUACGAGUGUGGGGAGUGUGGGAAGAGCUUCAGCCGCAAUUCCAGCCUGACCCGGCACAAGAGGAUCCACAGUGGGGAACGGCCCUAUGAGUGUGGGGAAUGUGGGGAGAGCUUCAACCACAGCUCCACUCUGACCCAGCACAAGAUGAUUCACACUGGGGAACGGCCCUACAAGUGUGGGGAGUGUGGGAAGAGCUUCAGGCGGAGCUCUGAUCUGAUCCGGCACCAGGUGAUCCACACUGGGGAAGGGCCCUGCACCUGCUUGGAAUGUGGGAAGAGCUUUGCAUGGAGCUCCGACCUGAGAAAACACCAGCACAUCCACACCGGGGAGAGGCCCUACGAGUGUCCCCAGUGUGGGAAGAGGUUUCAGACCAGCUCCCAUCUCCUCACACACCAGCGGAUUCACACGGAGGAGAGGCCCUUCCGCUGCCCCGACUGCAGCGAGGGCUUCAAGCGCAACGCCACCCUCAUCAUGCACCGGUGCAUCCACACCGGGGAGAGGCCCUAUGAAUGUCCCCAGUGUGGGAAGAGCUUCUCCAGGAGCUCAAUCUUGACCAAACACCAACGGAGGCACCAUAAGGGAAGCCCUGUGAGUGCCCCGAGAGCGGGAAGAGCUCCGUGCGCUGCUCCAGCUCCAUCCCCCAUGGGAGGAUCGGCAUUGGAUGAUCCCCAGUGACCCCCGCUGGGCAGAGCCCUGGUGAUCCGUGGUCCUGGUGAUCCCUGUUGGGAAGACACCUGGCUGGGAUGCUCCACAUCUUCCUGUCUCCCUGUGGGCACCUGGAUGAACGCAGGGGCAGGAACAUCCAUGGGGACACAGACUGACAUUGGGAAUUCCUUGGGGAGAGAGGAUUUGUUGACUUUCAACCCCAGAAAAUCUUUAGAGUUCAAUCCUAUUUUCUGGUGGCAUAAAGGAAUAUUGGAGAUCUUUUCCAACCUCAGGGAUUCCAGGAUUUUGAUUUCCUAUUGCCUGAGGGCAUCUUCUGUUUCCAAAUGCUGGUGGACUGGGGGAAAGACCAAGAUUUUGGGGAUAGUGGGAUGGAAACCCGUCCAAACAAGGUUCUUCCCUCCCAUCCAAGCACGUGGAUCCUCAGCUGGCAUGGAUAGGGAAUGCCUUUUCUUUUGGCCUUGAUUUGCUUUUCAUUUCUCUUCAUGUCUUUAAAAUAUCCAACAGUGUGGUAAAAAUAAAGACAUGAACUAAGA